UCGAAUAGAUUACAUUUCAUCUGUCAUGUUUCUGGAAUAUUUCAUAAACAUUUCAUUGGAAACAUAGUACUCAUGUCUAUAAAUGAAGUUUCAGAUACAUUUCAGCAAGAUUCGUUUGGCAAUAUUACAUUGUGGUUGAUUCUGAAAUGUAUCUGAGACAUUAUAUUGAAACUUCCCAUCAUGCUUGUUGGCACUGAAGUUUAGAAAUCUUUGUCUUUGUGUAUUAUUUCUUGUUUUGGCGCAGUAUUUUGGUACUUGGAUUUUUAUAUGUGGUGAAUAAAUUAUUACAAUGCCACCAAACAAAUGAAAAAGUAAGAUUUGGCUCUAUUUUACCAAAACUGGUGACAAAGAAGCUGUGUGCAAAAUAUGUAAUAAGAAACUAAAAACUUCAGGCAAUACGACAAAUCUUCGUGGUCAUUUAGAAAAAGUACAUUCGGAACUGCAAUUGCAAGAUACAGAACCACCUAACAAGAAGUCAAGAGGUAAUACCAUUACUGGUUAUUUAGAAGUAGCUGCCUCAACAUCUGGUACCAGUGACUUAAGGAAUGAUAAUCCUACAGCAACAUCAAACAACGAUGUAAAUGUCUGCUCUUUGACAAAAUCGUGCAGCACAGAUGAUGAUAUUCCAGUACCAGUGUCACUUUCACAAGAAAAAACAGUUGCCAGUACAUCGUCAAGCAUUCUGGUUCGUGGUUCUAAUAAAACUACGCAGCCAACUGUUGAUGAUUUCAUAAACAACAUAAAAAGCAUAACAGCACAGGAUGGGGAAAAAUCAAAGAAAAUCACUGAAGCCAUCGUGAAUUUUGUAAUCAUGGAUAACAAACCAUUUUCUACUGUAGAAGGUAAAGGUUUUUUACAAUUAAUGAAAGAGGUGUGUCCAUUGUACAAGGUACCAUGUCGAGAAACAAUAAAAAACCGGAUUGACGAAAAGUAUGAGGCGAUGAGUGAUCUUUUUAAAACAUACAUAAAGAAUGCUGAUAACUAUUGCAUUACUUAUGACAUUUGGACUGAAACAAUGCAAACUAAAUCAUUUGUGGGUAUCACUAUUCACUUUCUGGACAAGUCUCAACUACUCAGUGGGACAUUAGGUGUUUUUGAGUUGACAGAACACCAUACAUCGCUGUACAUCACUGAAAAACUGACAGAUAUUUUUUCUGAGUGGAAUAUUUCAAUUGAAAAAGUUUCAGCUGUCAUUACAGAUAAUGACAGCACUGUUAUGAAGGUCAAUCGUGACAUGUUUGGUGAAAAAAAAAUUAUUCCUUGCUUUGCCCAUACAAUUAACUUGGUCGUAACUAAAUCCAUUGAUGAUGCUAAUAACUGUACUGAAUUGAUAAGUAAGGUUCGAGAUAUAGUCAAAUACAUUAAAAAGAGUGUCAAUGCAAGUGAUGAAUUAUGGAAAAGACAGAUGGAAACGGGAUCAAAAGGUCAAGUUAAAAAAAUUAUACUUGAUGUUCGCACUAGAUGGAAUUCAUGUUUGUAUAUGCUAGAAAGAUUCUUGGAGUUAGUGUCAAUUGUAGGAGCGAUACUUUUAACUAGACCCGAGGCUCCCCCAAUGGUUUCUAGCAGUGAGUUAGAGUGUGUCAAAGAAAUGGUCGGAUUGCUACGACCAUUUGAAAAAGUAACAAAAGAAAUUUCAGGAGACAGUUACGUUACUGUAAGCAAAGUAAUCCCGUUAAUCAGCUGUGUCCGGGAUGCAGUCGAAAAUAUGAAACCUAGGAAUGAAAUCAUUGUACAAUUUAAAAACGAAAUAAAAAAACAGCUGGCUAGAAGGUUUGAUAACAUAGAACAUUCCGCCAUUCUGGCAAUUUCAACAACUCUUGACCCAAGAUUUAAGUUCAUGCAAGUUUUUGGACAUACGCCAUUGCUAAGAACUUUUUCUGUUGAAGAAAAACUAAUAAAUAAAAUAAAUAAAUAAAAAUAAAAAUACUCAAAAAAAGAUACAAAAAACACACAAAAUUAAGCAAACAAUUGCUGUUGUCAACAAGGAUAUGAACACCACAAAAUAUUCCGAACCAGGAAUAUGGUCAGCAAACAAAGAAAAAACAAAGAAAAAUGUACUAAGAGAACGAAAAAAUCCCCACAAAUGAUGACAACACAAAAAUAUUGAAACCCAAAAUAAUUCAGCACAACAGUUGAAGCGAGACAAAAAACAUGACAAAACGAAAAAACAAACAAAUACAAUAGUUUUACCUAAACAGAAACAAGCGACGUUUCGGGAACUGCUAUCUGCUCCCGUCCUCAGGCAGAGACGCACAUGGUACGGAAACACAGGUGCGACUGAGAAGGGGCUGGAAAAUGAGGGUAUUUAUCAGAGAAAGGGCUACAUCUUGCUCAG